AUGGCUCAGCUCCCCUCGUCCCCCCAGCCCGCCCGGCGGACAUUCGAUUCACUCAAGAAACACUCCUCCUCGACCUCCCACAAGACCCUCUUCGGAACGGCCGCGCCCAGCCAUUCCUUCGAUUCCCCGCUGGCCCAUCCCUCCCCCGCACUAAGCCCGGCCUCGGCCCACCCCGCCGAUCGAUCCGCCUCCCGUCGAUCAAACUCUUCCAGCCAGUCCAACCCAUUCCUAUCAUCAUCCUCAUCCCAGACCCCCCCAGCCACCUGGGCCGUCUCGGGCAAGCUCGUCAGGAAAAAGGCUAGCGGUCUGUUUCGUGAGGCUGCACGCAGCUGGGGCCGAUCGAAGAGCAAGGAGGUCCUGAGCUUCGGCCUAGGCGUCCUGAUCGGCAACCAAGAUGCACAAGCCGCUAACCCACCACCCCCAACACCCCCACCACUACCCGCCAACCCAUCCAUCCCCCCAGCCGCACCACCAGCCACCACUACCGACCACCACCACCACCACCAAGACCCCGCCACCCCCAACCAAGCCCCCUCGAGUGGGACAGCAACCAUACCUAGCUCGGCCGGAACGAUCGGCAAGGGCCCAAAGAAACGCAUCUCGUUUCACAGCUCCAAGAAGGUCAAGGGAAAACCUAAGGAUAACAACGCCAAGAUCAUCAAACGUCGCUCUGAAAUCGGCUUCGGGGACUGGGCUGACACCCUGAAUACUGCAGUUGACUCUUCAUCCCCCCAGUCUCAGCCGCACACCGAACCUAGCGAGAUCCCCGCCUCAUCAUCAGUCAUCCACCCUCAAUCCCACACACCCCUCCUAUCCACUCAUCCCUCCUCCAACCAUCUGUCCUCUCACCCAUCUGCCCCCAUGGCUCUUUCACACCGCCGCAGAGAGCGUUCGGCUAAUCUGACCAAGCAAUCCGGUGUUCUCACAUCAUCCUUGGAGAUUGAAGCUGCUCCGUCUGCCCUCAGCUCGCGCGUACCUCGCUCCACUUUCCCCCACGCACACCGCUCCCCACGCUCCCCUCGUCGGUUCUAUAACACCCGAGCCGCUGUCCAUCGAUCUCAAUCCCAAAACCUGCCCUCUCAAUUCCUGUCGAUAGGAGAAACCAGUACUCCACAAGCUCAGUUCACGCUCAACGGGCAUACUCAAAAUCCACUGCUACCAAACCCGACCACGUCUUCUCUCUUCCAACGUUCAAUCAGCCCGAUUAACCAGUUCGACGAUGAUUUCGACGUCGAAUCACCUAUCGCUUCAAAAGCCCUCGGUCGCGCAUCCUUCGUCCCUCCCCGACUGCGAUCUGUCAGCUCGGCUCGGGCCAACCUUUUUGGAGCCAUGCCUAACAAGAGUGGUGGCCUCGAACCCUCCUCGUAUUCAACUCCGGCCGCCAAUUCAUCCACUCCUCACGUUGCUCAGCCAAAUCACCCGCUCUCACAGUGGCUCAACGGGUCUCAAGUCGAUCCUGCGCCCCCAAAUAGUAUCCCACGGUCAAGGCAACGUACAGUCAGUGCCACCUUACAAGAACACUCAAGUCGACUCAACCCCAAGCAUCUUACCACUCUGGCGGAGGAUGGAUGCGAUUCCGACCCUGAAACUGGCAAGUCUGGCUUUGGCUCGAGCCCCUCUCAAAGCCCUCCCCUGGAUACGAUUGAUUCCAAUGGAGUUCGAACGCGUUCGUCGUCAUCGAGCCAGAAAACCGGCUUCCAGGACUCGCGGGCUCAUCCAAAUGACCGAUGGGUCAUGCCCCGAAUAGAAGGUCUUGAUAUGACCCCCCGACGACGUAGUCUCGAUGGAUCACUGGAUGAUAGUGAUCCGGACGAAAAGGGGGGCCUGGCCUUAUCCAGCAAACCUUCUAGUCGAACGAGCAUCGCAUCCAGUCUGACCACUCACGAGUCAGAGAACCCCGGCUGCGGUGCUUCUGAUUGUUCGCUCAAGCCUUUCAGCGCGGCAUUCGACGGUUUUGGUGCUCUCCCCCCUCCCGAAUCUCCAUUCCCCGGACCCCAUCGUAUCAAGCGUGGCGGCAUUCCUCCUGCCAGUCCAAACAACCUCAAGCGGCAUGUUGAUGGUGAGCUGGUCAGCUGUACGUCGCAGCCCACGCUCUACCGUCACCGCACCAGUGGACCAGCACCCCCCUUAUCGUUUCCUAACCUACGCACGAAGAAUGAUCCCUUUGAGCCGGUUAACCCUCAACGGCACUCGUGGGGUCUUCAAUCCAACAACCCAAGUGAAGAUGACGAAGAUGAUCUCGGCCAGGUAGCUCAUCGCGAACGUGAUGGCCACAAUGGCUCUCAUGAAUCUCACGAAGCCAUGAGUAAUCUGAGUGUCCCAGCCUUAACGGACUCCAGUUCGCUUGCUUCUAGCCUUGCCUCGUCAAGUCAGAGUAACAACCCAUAUGCUAUUCGCCCCCCGGUUGACGGCCCCGCCCUAAUCUCCAGCUGGGACAAAUCGCCUGCAGAGACAGGCCGAGAAGCUAAACGGCGAAGUCUUCCGACGGAUGUCAGUCGGGCAGCCGGUCAUCACUUGACACCCGCCCCACCACCCUUGCCAAUAGGGCUUAGUUCUACCCCUAUAUCGGUCAAGCAUUCACUUGUCCAACACCCCUCUCUCCGGCCUUUAAUUCAAUCAGCCAAUUCCUCCUUUCAGGAAGCCGAAUGCUCUUUCCAGAACGUCAAACCUAACGCCUCAGCCUUCCUUUCUUCUGGGAUGAUAAGCAAGAAAACUGUUGCCCGCGACCGAAGGGAGAAUAGUCUCAGCAACUCCAGCGCUCUCUUCAAGUAUGCCCUCUCGAACGUCAACGACCCCAAUGCAUCGAUCGGCGGCGAGAGUAUCUGUAACGUAUCUGUCGAGGCUUCUAUCGCUGUCAAAUCCAUGUGUGAAGCAUUAGGUGGACCUCGGGUGAUUGUGGCUGCUAAGCGCGAGGAUGAGCAUCAGAGUCGCUUGUCGGAACAAUACGAGCAAAGCAUUUCGAUGCAAAGCGGCAAUCAAUCCUUUAGCCCCAACCAGAGCUCGUUGGGAAUCGUUCUGCCUGAAUGUCUCCGCCAACCAUCCGUCUCGUCCUUGAGGAUGCCAGACACACCGAUGAAAAAGCCCGCUGUCUUACACAAGUCGCAUCCUCACAUUAACAAGCCUUUCAUGCCCUCCGGCCUGAGGAAGCUAUCCAGUUCUUAUUCCCCCUCCAUUGGCGGUUCACCUGUUGAUGAUUCGCCAACUUCUCGCGGUCACCACUUUUCCAUCGAUGAGUCGCCGAUACCCCAAUUCCAUUCACAAUUCCCACGGGAUCCCCUCUGUCUGGCUGCCCAGAAUGACACAACGCCUGACGCCGGUUCAUCGAGCUGGGUAAAUCUUAAUGACGUUGAUCCAUCCCCUUCACUUUCCCGCGCAAACACGAGCGGUCAAGUCCCCUCUGGUUUGGAAUCGCUCGUCAGGCAAUCUCCCAUCUAUCGGCGCCGAAGCAGCGAUGGUGUCCUGAGUAACCACAGUGGAAACGGGAAUCUCAGCAGGGCCUCCGGAUCCCGACAAAGUAACCCCUUUGAUGAUCCAGGCACGCCGACCAAACCCACCACGUCAUGGUUGAAACGAGCGCAACUUCUCGCCUCACCAGGAAACUCGAUUUCCUCGGUCACCAGCUCGCCCAGUAUGCAUCAUCACUCACAUACCGACCGACUCAGCACAAAUAACAGCAGCGCUGAACACUUGCUUGAUCCGCAAGUCACUCCUAACCGCCAAGGAGGCCGUUCGUAUACCCCUUUCGCCCUUUCCCCCAUGCUCGGUACGGAUUUUAGGCAAGGCUCCCGCUCCCACCUGACCCCCGGCCCCGAAAACUCAGCUUCACCGCCCCCGCGCCGACCUUCAUUCAACAAGCGACAUUCAAGUCCAAUGAUUGAUGAUUACCAGCUCAGAACUAGCAGUCAUCUAUUCGGCCAAACUUUCUCGCGGCGUCUACGCUACGACGCUGAGUUUGAUGAGCUGGAAACGAUUGGCAAAGGAGAGUUUGGCGAGGUUUUCAAAGUCCGUCAGAACUCGACAGGAAAAGUUUUUGCCAUCAAACGGCCGACACGACCUGCCAAUGGGCCCAAAGCUCUUGCACGGCAAUACGAGGAAGUCGACAUCCUAAGGCGGCUCACCCAAGGACCAACUCGCUCUGCCCACAUCAUCCAACUUCACGCUGCCUGGGAAGAAGACAGUCGCUGGAAUAUCCAGACCGAGUUUUGCGAGAAUGGGACGCUCGAACAUUUCCUAGGACUCAUAGCCGGCUUUCAAGAUCGGGUAGACGAAGAGCGUAUUUGGAAAAUCACCGCUGAGCUAGCUCAGGCUGUUGCCUUCAUGCACUCCUCUGGCGUCCUCCAUCUCGACAUCAAGCCUGCCAACAUCUUCAUCACUGCUCACGGUGGCUUGAAAGUCGGUGACUUUGGCCUAGCUCGAAGGUGGCCAAGAGUCAAUCCUAGCGAGGUUCGCGAGUGUGGAUUGAUGAACGGUCGCCAUAAAGUGUUCCAGCACGUACCGAUAAAUCCCUCCGAACACGACGACAGCAUUAUUCCCUCCCGAUUUCUGCGGUAUGAAGACGUCAGUGACACUGAUGCGAAGCAAAUGAUGCGCUUCAAAAGCUGCGGUCGUUUCGUUGGGUUCGACCUCGAACGUGAAGGCGACCGCGAAUACAUUGCCCCGGAAAUCUUGAGCGGACGUUAUGGCGAGGAGGCGGACGUGUUUUCAGUGGGUCUGAUUGCGCUUGAGAUCGCAACGAACGUGGUGCUACCUGACAAUGGCGACGAGUGGCGCAGUCUGAGAUCGAGCGACUUCAGUCGGACUGAUCUCAGUCACCUGAGCUCGGAGCUCGUUCUUCUAAUCAAGCGAAUGAUGGACAAAUGUCCAGACCGUCGGAUCACCUCCUCUGAACUUACGCGGCACCCGGUCAUUGCCAAACUAAAAAUCCUGAGGGAUGCUGGUCUCGCUCAAGAGAACCAAGGUAUCGAUGGAACGGUGGAAUACGAGGAGACGGAGGUGUUGGAUGUCCAAGCCGACCCAGCUGGUGACAUUCUUAUGGCACCAGGUGAUGACUCGCCCGAUUUUUCAGUUGAACAAAUCAAGCCUCUCCGACCGGUCCCUCCUCCGGAUCGCAUUUGGCGGACGGCUCGUGGAGCAGUCCUGCCCGAGGCCGAGGGCUUUCUGCCGUUCAUCCUCACUGGCCAGAGUACCCCUUCAAGGUUCAAGAACUCUGUUUCAUCGUCCUUCAACAACCGCAACUUCAAAACCACCCCUUGUCAGCUGUCUGCCCGAGGACCAGAAACGUCCAAUGACCAGAUGGAAAUCGAUGCUUGA